GCUGUAUGUUUGGUUUAAGAAGUACUUCCGGUCAUUUGCACACUGUUGGACGAUGUUCCUAGCUGGAUCAGCAUUGAUUCUCAGCGUAUCGUUUAUAUAACAAUGUUUAAUUGUGAGACGAAUGAGAGUGCAAUAAACGAUAGUUUGCGUAAACAGUAGCUAGCACUAGAACAGAGGUUCAAUAAACACAGUGAAACGGUUGCACAUCAACGAUAUUGAAAAGUCUAAUGAAAAGCUGAAGGAUACAUUGUUGGUUUGUUUAUAAUCACCGGAAGUAGCUAGACAAGGUUUCUCCAUUGGGUUUUUACAUCCAAACCCUCGUCAUUAUGUCCGAAGCUCUACACUCGUUUCAGUCACAGCUAUCCGGGGUCAUGGAGACCGUUUUCAAAGCUGCCAUGUUUGAGAUCACCCGGCUCGUGGAGGACAGUUUCGUGAAGGAAGUGUCCCGCAGUCGCGAGCAGGUGGAGGCUCUGAAGAAGAGGCUGCAGUGGAGCGAGUGCAGAAGGAAAAACCAGGAGAUGCGCGUCCUGAGGUGUGCAGAGUGUGGUGACAAAGCUCGUGUGUGUGACAGUGAAAGAGAAGAAUUGUUACCACCACAAUCAGAAAAUGAACGCAGCCUCAAACAGGAGAGAGUUCCGGUUGGGAACUGGGGAAGCUGUGAGUUGGAGACUGACACACAUUUGGGAAAAGAGAGAUUAGAAGAUCAAACCAGACCCAGUAACACUACAGAGUCAGCUGGUACAGAGGACAGGAAACUGGACUGCGAGUUGAAGGAGGAGGCCCUCUAUGCCACUGCUGAUAAUAAGGAGCUUCAGGAUGGGUGGACACUAAAUACUGAAGGAACUGAGAGGAUGGAUUUCUCAGCUCACAGUUACAGUGAGCAAGAGCUGCAACAGAUUCAGGAAGACUGGAGCUCCGGACUUGAACAGACCGCUGACAGUGAAACUUACGCAAAUAUCGUAGACGUUCAGGGCUUGCCAUACCGAACACAUUACGAUGCAGAAGAGCUAGCGGGCUACAGUGUACAUGAACUGGACAUAGGAAACCUGGACAGUCUUGGAGGAAAAACUCAAGACACAUUAGGUCAUGCAAUAUCAGUUGCAGUUGGGACUGACCAAAAAGACCUGGUCGAGGAAGGUGGGAGACGUUACAGCUCUUCUAUUAGGAGUAAAAGAGGAAACAGAGCACCUUUACCUGAACAAGUCAACCCCGAGACAGAAGACGUGGAUAGAGACUGUAUACUUAUUAAUGCAGAUGGCCACAUACAAGACACAAGUGCCCUCACGGAAGUUCACAGUGGGAUUGAAGAUGGUGCUGGACAUAGAGGACACUCACUUUACACUGGGGACACAGCUAGCAGUGCACUUUAUAAGGGACAUGCAUCGAACCACUCUCUGAAGUCUAAUGUUGGACAAGCAGGUGACAGCAGGGCUUCUGUGAAAGGCUACCCAGCCUCCCAACGAGUCGUUUCAAGUGCUGGAUAUACUUGUAACCAGUGCGGUAAGAAGUUCACUCAGGCCUGCAACCUAAAAGUCCACCAGCGUGUCCACCAGCGGGACGGUCUCCAUUUGUGCAGCCACUGUGGGAAAGGCUACUCGUCCUUCAGUGACCUGCGGAGACACAAAUGCAGCCAGAGCGGAGACAAACCCUACACCUGCACGCUUUGUGGGAACAAAUUCAGCCGACUGUGGAAUCUCAAGCUGCAUCAACGCAUUCACACGCAGGAGAAACCACACAAGUGCACUCUGUGCAGUAAGAGCUUUACCCGGGCCGACAUCUUGAAAGUCCAUCAACGCACCCAUACAGGAGAAAGACCGUACUGCUGUGGUAUCUGUGGACUGAGCUUCAAACGAAUGGACCAUCUCAGGUCACAUCAUCGCAAACAUAGUGCUGACCCGAAUAACCAAUGACGAAAAAAUUCACCUUGCAACCUUACAGAGUUGGUUUGACUUUUAAAUUGUUGGACGUCCUGAGUCUGACCGGACUUGUUUCCCAUAAAAUGUUACACUGUUACUGUAGAACUUCUCGUUGUAGUCAUUGUGUUUUCUGUAUUAAUUUUGUUGUUGUAAAGAAGGGCAGACAUAUUGUACACAUUAUGAGUCAGUUAACCUGAUAAUGGCGUAAAAAGCAUUGGAGAUUCAACAUGACAUCAUGACUUUUGCGUAAACAUAUACGCCACUUUCGAGUCAGGUGGCGUGUCAUCUCCACGUAUUU